AAACGCCUGGACUUGACACGCCGGUGUUUUCGUGAGCUAGAAAGAGUCCUUAUAGUUACCAUGUUGGACGUUUAUUCUGCAUGGGUCACGUCAGCUAGACGGAUUUUUAAUAUCAUUCAACAUCAAAUUUGAGUCUGUGCCUGCGUGAGUUUGGUCCCGCCCCCGAACCCAAGCCGGUGGUGUGGUUUAGAAUAUUGAACUUUUUGACAAUUUAAAAAAAUGAUGAGACAUAGGUUUAUCUAGAAUUAUCAGAAUUUCAAAGGUAUUUUGUUUUUACCAAGAUGCAUCUCUAUAUAUUGUACUUGUGAAUCCUUUGGUCAACACGAGAACCAAUAGGCUUUGACCUGCUGGAGUCAAAGGCCACACCUUUCAUUGCACCAUUGCUAACACCUGUUGAGGUUUAGCCCUUUCUUUUGUCAUUAAUUAGUUCCAGCUCAGCCUUCUACCUUUUGUCAUCAGCACUGGAGAUUUCAGCUUUUGACCACACUCCUCUAUGUGCAGUGCUUCCCUUGUGUUCAAAUGGCGUGUAGGGAGCGCGGGGGCUCAAAGAUUUUACUGUAUUUGGGGAUUUUUCUGGUUGUGAGUGCGUUUUGCCAAUGUUCCAAAUUAAGACACAACUCUACAUUGAAUCAAAGUCGAGACAAAAGUAACGUUGUCUACACUGGAAGACUCUUAAUCUCUCAACAAGUUAUAGGUCAUAAAAAAGCUACAAGUGAUAACCUGGAUGUUGAUUCAGAUUACCAAGCAGACAUGGGAUGGGAAAUGUUGAAGCAACCCAGUGUUCCGGAAGAUGUUUUUUCCAAACCAGACCAGGCAAUUGUGGAGCAGCUCCUUCAAAUGGAUCCGAAGGUGGAAUGUACUGCUGACUCCAUGAAGCUUCAGGUCCAAGACAUUUCUUCCACCCCAGGAUCUUUGAUAUUGGUUGAUAGGGGUACACUCAUGUCCCCUUUGCCUCUGUCCAUGCUGCCUCAAAGCUGUGGAUAUACAAUCAGGUCAACACAGAGCAAUAUGGUCUUGGUGGCUCCUUAUAAUGGCUGCUUUGUUACUGUUCAGGAGGAUACAUAUGUACUACCAUUACUUUGGUGGGGGUUGCCAGUGAGGAUGACUUGCCCUUUGAUGAGACAGUCUUCAAAUGGACCGAUGGUCACAUGCCAUGCAGAGGGCAUGGUUGUAAAAGUGGAGUGGACUCUCCCAGCCUCUAAAAUUAAAAUAAAUUUGAAUGGCGACUGGGAGUGGCUAACUACUGCAUCACUCAAAUGUGGGAUCACUGUAGGUGAACAUGUUGAAGGUGUGAGCAUCUUUGUCCGCUAUGCUCCCUGCGUGGAGAUCAAGGAUGGAAUGUACACAGUUUUAUUGGCUGGAGAAGGAGAAGCUAAGGUUUCCUGCCCAUUGACCGAAGUUCAAUCUGAACCCGCAAAAAAAACACCACAGGCUCCAAAACAAGCACAAUCCCCAGACAAAGAGUUGUAUCCCCUUCACCCAGUUGAUCAUUCACCAUCAAAUCCACACGAAUCUGUGGUACCUCCAAAUCCCAUGCCUUUUCCAUUCCCGUUCCAACCUAAACCAGACACUGAGCCCACACCUGCUCCACAGUCCCACAAACCACCACAACCUGAGGUUCUUUCAAGUCCUGUUCAGGAGUCUCCCUAUCUAUACCCCUAUCCACUGUACCCCAUGCCCAGCCCUGAAUCAGACGACGAAAAAAAUAUUCCUGCUACAAAACAACCUGAAGUGCCUUCAGGGCAUGAAGAAAAGCCAGUUUACCCUUUCUUUACCAUGCCAUGGCCAGAGAAUAACAAAGUCACCGAACCCGUACCUUCUCUACAACCUCCCAAACCACAACCACCUGAGGUUUUUCCAAGUGAUAUUAAGAAGCAUUCCACCUAUCCACUUUACCCGUUGCCUAACCCUGUAUCACACCCUGACAAAAAACCCAUGUCUGCUCCAUCAAAACAACCUGAAGAUCGUCCAGGUCCUGUGAAACCGUUUUACCCCUUCUUCACCAUGCCAUGGCCUGAAAAUAAACCAAACCAAGUUACUAAACCAUUUCCUUCUCUAGAGCCCCCCAAAGCACAACCUGAUGUUUUCCCAGGUCUUAUUGAGAAGCCGGCCUACCCUUACCCCUAUCCAUUUUACACUAUGCCAAGCCCUGUCGCGGACUCUGACAAAAACCCCAUGUCUGUUCUAUCAAAACCUGAAGUUCUUCCACUUCUCCCCAAACCACCACAACCUGAGAUUUUUUCAGGUCAUAUUCAGAAGCCUACCUAUCCAUACAACUAUCCACUUUACCCUAUGCCUAUUCCUCUAGCAGACCCUGACAAAAAACCCAUGCCUGCUCCAUCAAAACAAGCUGAAGUAUCUCCGGGCCAAGUGAAUCCGUUUUACCCCGUCCUCACCAUGCCAUGGCCUGAAAAUAAACCAAACCAAGAUGCCAAGCCAAUGCCUUCUCUGCAACCCCUCAAACCACACCAACCUGAGGUGCAGCCAGGUGGACAACUCGCCUUCGACAAUCUAUUUUACCCUCCAACGCUUGAUGAUAAACCUGGUGUGCCCUCCCUACCACAAAAACAUGUGACUCAGACCAGUCAAAUUGGGCAGCCAGUCUGUCCCAAACACUAUCCAUUUUGCACAACAGCUGAAGAAAAACAAAAUCUCCCCAAACCGCAAGAACCUGUCGUUCCACCAGGUGAAAGGCUAUGGCCAGUCCACCCUUAUUCUUUCAACCCCAUACCUGAAUUUAUACCCGUGCGACAACCUGAAUGCCCUCCAGGUAAUGUGCAAUGCAAGCACCCCUUUCAACUGUAUGCUGCGUCUGGUCCUGAAGAACUAUCCAAAAAGCCAGUCCUAGCCAAACCAAACCAACCUGAGGUUCCUCCAUGUAAAAAGCAGCCAGCCCAUCCAUACCUGAAUCCACUUUAUCCUAGCCUAGACCCUAAAGAACAUGGCGGAAAGCCAUUGCCUGAUCCAUGGAUGUUCCAACCACAGCAGCCUGAGGUCCCACUGAGUCAUAUGGAGAAGCCAGUCUUCCCUUUCUUGUCUAAACCAGUGCCUGAAAAGAAACCAGCUACCAAGCCUGCACAACCUCCACAGCCCCCCAAACCACAACAGCCUGAAUUGCCUCCAGAUCAGCGCGAGCAUUCUCACUAUCCAUACCUCUAUCCACCCUACCUUGUGCCCACUCCUGAUGAGAUGUCCAAAAAGCCAAUGCCUUCUCUACAGCCAUCUGACUCAGAAGCUGAACUCCUCCCGGGUGAUGUAGAGAAGCCAGCCAACCCCUUCUCUUUUUUUCUGUUUAACCCUGCACCUGUUAUCAAGCCCACACUUGCUCCACAGGCCGCACAACCACAGAAGCCUGAGGUGCCUGAGAAAACAAUUCAGGGACAAAUCCAUGGGUCCUUCCUACCUCAACCACCAAUAACAGAUGGUGAAACAAAUGCUCACACACAUUCCAAUGAGAAGCCUAAAAAAAGUGAAAAACCUUCAGCCGUCAAACCUCCAGAUGGCAAGAUGCCACAAUGGCGUCACCCAGAAUGGCAGCAGUCUGUAACAUUACCCCCAGCUUCUCCAACCAAGCAACCACAAGAAGGUGUUAAAGCACCUCUGCAGUCUGCUAAUGGGGAAGUGGUCAAACAGGGUUCAACACCUGGUUGUGUAAAAUUUUGCACUACUGGUUUUUCAAAUUGCUGCCCACAGAUCGCUUUUCAUCAACAUCUUUAUCAUCUCGCGCCUUCUGGGCCAGAUAGUAAAGUGAUCUCCCAAGGGUUUCCAUAUGUUGCCUCCAUGACGUAUGGCCUUGGAAAUGGCAUACGUUACACUUGGCCUGCUCAAAAAACACAAAAUUCUGGGAAAGCUGACUCUGUCCCCACUUCCACCCGCAUUCUGACAUACGGAAGUCAAAAGCAACAACCUGACCAGCCCCCGGGUGGCAAUUUGGCAUUAACAGGACAUAAUCCCACCAAGGCAGCAGCUCCUGAAGUACCAAUUAACCCUUUUGUUCCCAACUCUAAUUUGCAUUUUUCCAGUUGGCCAUAUGAGAAUAUUCAACAUUCUCCACAAGGCCAAUCAUCACCUCAAGCUGCGCCUCUGUUCAGUCUUGAAAAUCCGUUUUAUGCUGCUGCGAAUCAAAAGGGACCAAAUCAAAAUGAGCACCUAACAAAGCAAAAUGUCCAAUUAUCAUCUGGCCCGAUAAAUUAUUCACCUGGUCUAAAUGCUAUGUCUAUCGCCCAGUAUCUUCAGCAGCAGCAACACACAAAUCAAAUGUCAGCUCCUUUGGACUUCUUCCAUGGACGUGAAAGGCCUUCUCCAGAAGCUGAGGGUGAACUCGGUCCUUUGCUACCUUACUCCAUGUUUAAAGAUUUUGAAGCAACUACAAAUACUUCAUCACUCCCAAUUAAUUUGCCACGUUCAUCACUGCCGAAAAAAACAAAGAAAUCCUUCAAACGUGAUCAGGCCAGGCGUUCGUAUGAGCCGAAGGGAUACAUGCUGCUACAUGGUCCACCAGGUAAAGAACCUGGUACUUCUGAGUCCAAGCAGAAAUUCCAGGAUGAGGAUAUUGAACAAACACUCCCGGGCCGACGUCUUGCAAGGAAAUCGCAACAUCUGCGAUGGCUUGGGCAAGGACUGGCCAAAACUCCAGAAGAUGACUUUAAAGCCAGCAAAUUUGAUACCACUCUGCCAAAUGUUCCUGUAAACGUACCAAAAGUUCUGAGCUCAGUGGCCGACAGACACGGACUGGACCGUUCCAGUGAAGGAGGGUCAGAAUAAGCACAGAUGGCACACAUUAAUUGUAAAGCUAUUUAAUUUGACUUGACCUUGACUAUACUUGAGUAUAUUUUAAUAAAUACUCUCACAUGAGCACUUGGUCUGUUCUCAUGAGCUGUUGCUGAAAGUUUUUUGCCAUUAAUCGAUGCUUUGACAA